AUUAAAAGUUUUUGAGCUAUCUGGUCCUCGAACUUAGUUCGUUUUCUUCUUCAGUAUUAGUAUCAAUUAGCCAAUAGACAUUUUAGAACCUCUAUAUUCCAGCAAACAACCAACCACCCCACGCAAACACAACCACCAACAUGUCCGCGCCAAACGCCGGCCGUCAAUCCCCAGGCCCAGAAAGCCAAACCGGGGCCCAGCAGCAAGACCCGGUAGCUAUGAAUCCGAACGAGCAAGGGGGCGCUCCCUCUCAGUCGCACGCGAAAGAAGCAAGCGAUGACCAGAAGGCAAAUCUUGCAAGCAACCCGACGCACCCGCUUGCGAAGCAUUCUGAGGAGACGACUAGUAAGAAAUAGACUCGUGAAUGGCGGAUGGCGGGUUUCCUUUUGUAGUGUGGCAUGAGAGGGUUUGUUAUUCUGGGGAAGUUAAAUGCGCAGUGUCUUUGCCUGAGAGGAAAGAGGAGGAUUCAAAACUGAGGAAUGAAUGGUAACAGGAUUUGACGUCGUCCUGAGCAUUUACUUCCUGUAGUUAACUAUGUACGUGAUUGCUUGUCAGACCACUCCCAUAGAUAUUAUGC